GUACCGACAACCACUCGACAUUGCAGCGGUACAGCUGGCCAGUGUAUGUGAUCAGAUCGUUUCUGCCUGUACGACGAGCGCUGGCGUGGCGGCAAUGGUAAGGUGCGGUGACGAGCAUCAUGGCCAUGGCCACUGCCAUGGGCACUCGCAUGACGACGACGACCACCUCAAGACUGAGGGCGAGCAGGACUAUCUGUACGGCGUCGUCGACAGGGACGCAGUUCUAGUCCUCAAUGAGCAUGAACCAAACGCAGGCAAGCGCAUCAUCAAGCCUUGGGCGGAGCGCAACACGCUCGAAACCUAUGUGGAAUCGAGCGUGGACGACUCACUGCUGAUCCGCAUCCCUUUCGCCUCCUCUUCGUCGGUCAAGCUACGCACACUGCUGCUCAACGCGGGUCCGGGCGAGCAGACGCCGGACACGGUGCACAUCUUCACCAACAGCACGCCGCCAAUCGACUUUGCUGACGCUGCCGACCGCGCGGCGCUGCCGCCCAAGUCGCCUCAGGCGCCUGCGCAGACAUUAUCCAACGUCGCUGCGACAAAUGCGACGCAAGUCGUCGAGUACCCCCUGCGCGUCGCCAAGUUCAGCCGCGUGCGCGACGUGACUCUCUACAUUCCCGCCAGCCAGGGAGCAGAGACGACGCGCGUCUACUUUGCCGGGUUCAAGGGCGAAUGGGAGAAGAGCUCUCGAGAAGCGCCGGUAGGAAUCAUCUACGAGAGCGCACCGCAGCUGAAGGAUCAUGUCAAGGUCGCAGGCACCGCAGCUGGGUCCAAUAACCUUGGUUCAUAGCCAUAGUUCCGCGACCGGGAUCGGGUAAGGGAUACACCAGCGGAGGAAAGACGCAACCGCCAAAGGCUAUAUCCAAGUCGUCCACGCACGCUUGUAUAGUUCAGCCUAAUACUUUCUCUCUUUAGCACCAUGUAGCAAAUAUCUUUACUGAUCUGCAGAGUGAUGAUUUGAUCAUUGCACAAGCGCAUCGCGCAGCUUUUGCUGCUUCGUCUUCA